AUGUUGACUUUAUUAGUGAGCAACUUCUGUGUCAAAAGCCCCCAGCUCUUACCCCAUCGUUACCCUCCACCCGGAAAUCAACACAGACUCCUGACCCUCUUCCGUCUCUCUCCUCCUCAGGUACACAACGCCACUGCCGUGUUCAUCAUCAACCUCACGCUCUCUGACCUGAUGUUCGGCGUGUUCAACCUGCCCCUGGCGGCCUCACUCUUCGGUCACCGGGCGUGGGUGCAUACGGGCUUCCUGUGUCAGCUGUUCCCCAUUCUGCGCUACGGUCUCGUGGCUGUGUCCGUCUUCACCGUGCUGGCCAUCACCAUCAACCGCUACGUCAUGAUUGCACACCCAAGGCUUUACCACAAAAACUAUUCGCGGUCGCUGCUGACGAUCAUGGUGCUGGCCACGUGGGCGGGGGCGUUCGGGGCGCUGGUGCCGACGCUGCUGGAGCUGUGGGGCACCUUCGGGCUGGACGAGGCCAUCGGCUCGUGCACCAUCCUGCCCGACCGCGACGGAAAGUCCCCGAAGGUGUUCCUAUUCGUGUUCGCCUUCGUGCUGCCCUGCGUCGCCAUCUGCGUGUGCUACGCGCGCAUUUUUUGCAUUGUCCACCGCGCCGAUAAGAAGAGCCACGGCGCCACGCGCGGCCUCAUCAACGGCAAGCGCCGCAAGCGACCUAUCGCCGCCCCCACCCACGACCCGCCCACCCUGCAGACCCUGCAGACCACGCCCCUACACGACCGCUUGCAGCUCGAGACCCUCGUCAAGCUGUCCACUAGCAGGAAUUCCGUCAGAGUGGAGAUCGUGGAGCCGGGCGAGAAGAGCGAGAAAGAGAAGAACGAGGAGAGAAACGGCGGCGAGAACGGCGAGUCGGCACCGAAGGAGCCCGCGCGAACGCCCUCUCCGCUCCUGACCUCCGGAGACACCAUAACUGACGCCAGCUCGCUGCUGAAGACGGAGGUGAACGGCUUCUCAGGGCAGACGUCCGAGGAGUGCACUGCGGCGGCGACUGUGCCUUCCCCCAUCCGCGUGUGCCCUCCGACGGCCCCCUCGUCGCCGGCGUCCGAGCGCUCCGAGCCGAGGGGCAACGCGGUCGAGCGGCGCCCGUCCACCAUCUCCGGCUUCGGCGGCACUUUCUCGCACCUGCGCGGGACCUUCCGCAAGACGCGCGCCGGCUCCUUCAUCGCGCGCCAGCCGGACCUCAGCGCCAAGGACCGCCGCCUCCUCAAGAUGAUUUUGGUGAUCUUCAUCUCGUUCGUGCUGUGCUACCUGCCCAUCACGCUCAUCAAGACCUUCAGCAAGGACGACAACCCCGUGCUCAACAUCGUGGGCCUCCUCCUCAUUUACAUGACCACGUGCAUCAACCCCAUCAUCUACGUGGUCAUGUCGUCCGAGUACCGCCAGGCCUACGUGAGCCUCCUGACGUGCAGGCGUGACACCGACGCGACCAAUCGCUCCGUCACCAAGAUAUCCUGAAAGAAAGCGAGGUCUUCCAUGCCACGCCAGGCGCUCGGGCCGGCCGCGCCCAGAUACAAGGUCAGGGUGUCGCCGGCAGGGUACCCGAGGCGCCAGAACUGAAUUACUUUUAAGACUCAAAGCAAACGGAAAGCCUCGUCUUGGUUAACGUUGUGCUGUGCCACUCCAAGUGCAGGCCCUCCAAAGACACCCGCCGGUGCAUACUAAUACCUAACGUUUGAUUUUUGACCUUUCGCUGCCUGGAUCUCGGGCAGGCCCCGGGACGAAAUUACCAAUCAUAUUCCUGCAUGUUAAAGGGAUUCUUUUAGUGCAUUUCAGUGUAAAUAUUUCGAAAAACAAGAACUGUAUGGGUGUACUGGAAUAUUUUAGUAUAUAAAAAAGUUUGACCAAUUUCUUGUUAAUUCAGGACACAGAAACAUGAAAAUGCAUGCCUUAAAUAUAUAAUACUCCAUAUCUUGCCCUCAGUGUUGUCAAUAAUAUUAAUGUUUAUGGCAAUAUAUCUACCGCAGCACUCCAUCCAUGGCUGUACUUUCACACGCUAUCUGAAGUGACACACACGGCAAUAAAAAUUAUUAAUUUUGACAUAAUAUGAAAACUUCGUAAACUCGGUCAACUUGACAUUCGAUACUGAUCUGGUAAUUUCACUGGCAAAAUUAACUACAAUACGAAAACAAUAUCAGGGAGCCAGGCUUACUGUAUCAUAUAAUAAUUAGUAAUUGAGCAAACUGUUGAAAUACUAAUCAUCUCUGAAUCCUGAAAACGACUUGUAUUACAAGUGCAGUGAUGUACACAGCAAGUUUAAUUGUUGUUCUAAGUAGUUUUGUACGAACGGAUGAGACAGCCAGCGGUGACGGGGUCAGUCGUCCAUAAGACAAGAUUCUUCGCUGGAUUCCUUUCAGCCAAGGAACUUCGUCCGUGCCGGUGUCCUGCUUCUUAGGGGAUACUUUUGACCAGACUCAGUUGUUUUUUACUUCCAUGGGCCUUACGGGCGCCGUGUUCUGUGCUGGACACGUCGACUCGUGUUGGAAGUUGAGCUAUAUUACGGUAAAAAUUGGGCCUUGAUGGGAUUCGAGGAUCAUGGCUGAUCUCAUUAACGUCUUGUGCCUUGGUAGACAUGAUGAACUUGUCGAUUUUGCUAGAACGAUUCUGAUUUUUGUUGACCGCUUACGACCUUGUUGGAAAUUUCGUCUUGUUGGAUAUUACUUAACCAUUUACGUGCGUCUGACCCUAAUGUCAGACAUAGCGAACCUUAGAAAAAUGUUAUAGACUUCCUUGGCAUCCUGUGAUUUCCCGGACAUUCAAGAUCUUAUUUGCCACUGUCCAAGGGCAUCUUGAUGGUUAAUCUAUCAAUAACAAAAUGCCUGUAGAAUUACUAGAUCUUGGUCCUGGUGUGAGUCUUUGGAUUUUUGCGAGUAAAUGCAGGUCGAAAUUGAAACUCAAGGGAUAACCCAAACAUGACAACAGACGCCUUCAUGUCUAUCUGUGUGACUGUCCGUAACGUCGCGUGCCCAGGGUAGAGGGUCUCACGAAUCAAACACUCGACUAGAUAUGAUGAAACAUUGACUGCCUAACAACGAUCACUAUUUACAACUUUCUCGAAAUGACGGUAUGGGAAAGAGCCUUAGACUGUACAAUUACAUUAGGAAUUUCUCUUGCUGUUGAUGGCUUCCUGGAGCAUAAAAUGGUUAGGUUACGACGCCAACCACUUGUGAUAUAAUUUCGAGAACGGACAGUGUGUAUAUAACUUAAUAUUUAUUGUUUUACUGUUAUACAGUCUAGAUUUUGCAUAUGUUAUUAUGCAGAUUACAUUGUAAAUGCAGAAGUGUAGUUACUACUUUUGUUUUCUUGUUGUUUCUACACACUAGGCUAAGAGUGAAAGUAUCGGAAAUAUAAUGACUGAAAUUAAUUUGAUAAUCACUAUUUACCUCUUAUGUAUCUUUUCAUGUUAUGAUGCGAAGAAGUGAUACGUGGUGCCAUGAGUUUGCUAUAAUAUCAUUACCAAAAGCAGCAGUGCUGUUGAUAUGAUUCUACCCUUUUAGGACCCCGUAUGGUUUGAGUAUUACGCGGUAAAAACAAGGAGCAGACGUGACAAACCUUUUCUCUUGGUUUUAGAUGGGUUUGCCUUGUAUACGUCAACAACUCUGGAGACGUAAAAC